UGAAGAUGAAAAAUCGACAACUAAUUGGAGAAUAGGCCCUUCUCUCUAUUAUUCUCUAUUAGAGUAGAUCCUAGAUCGCUCAGUGGUAGAUCCUCCCAAUGAGCCCCAUAUGUAUUUCUCCCCGCCUGGUAGCUCUCCCUUUAACUAGGAAUCCAGGGGGGUCUUAGAUGUUUGGUGCUGAGCAAACCAAACAAACAUGGCGGCCGAAUCAUAUUUUCAAAAUAAUCAAGAAAACAUCGACUUUUCUUCAUACUGUAAUGGCUAAAUCUCGUUUUAAAUUCUACAACUGACGAAGCUAUUUAAGACUGUACAAGAUGCGCAUGUUACUAGCAAGGAACACGUUUCUAUCAAAUUUUGGAAGGCGUACAAUGGCAAAUACGCUCGCGUGUGGAAAAUUGAAUAAUAUGCAGUGCCCUGAUUUGAAGCGAGCACUGUUUGUGCGGAAACCAAAACCUGGCUUUGAAAGGUGUUUGGGUUGUUUUGCGAGACAUAUUUUCACGCAUGGAUGUGAUGGGGAAUUUAAGAAACUCGAUGGAAUCCCACAGGUUUGUUUAUGUUGAAAAUUUAUGCGUGUAAUUUGAUAAUUCUGUCGUAAAGCGCGAAAUUUGAAAAAGAAUAGCACUCGGAAUCCAGACUGCAGAGUUGGUCGAAGUCGGUCCCGAGAUUUGUUAUUUUUAUAAAGAAAAAUUUUAGCAUCCCUGGAAAGAACUUGAUAUAAACAAUUUGAAAUCUGAAAUCUGCACCCAUUGAGUGGCAGCACUCUCCUCUUGACUAGUAAAGUUGUCUGGCGUUAGACAGAGUAAAAUACUAGAAUUGGGCGCAUCAGGGUGCAUUGCCACGUAAAGGGUUAAGAGUAUGCAUGAGCAGUUUGUUUGGUUAGCCCAUUGAGUGGCAGCACCUCCAUGACUAGUAAUUUAAUCAUCUGGUGUUAGACAGAGUAAAAUACUAAAGUAGGGUGCAUCAGCGUGCAUUGCCACUUAAAGGGUUAAUAUUGAACUGUCUUUGCCAGUGUAGGUAGUGCCAAUAAAAUGAAGCUUUCGUUGGUGCAACUACCUGAAAUAUCACUACCUGGGCUUUCGCACUUCCGGAAAGUAAUAAGUAUGUCACCUUGGCUAAGAGCCUCGUUUUCGUGAUAUUUGAGACGUGGACUUUAACUGAUAUCACAUACAUGAAAACGAGGCUCUAUAGCCAAAGUGACGUACUUUCCGGAAGGGUAUAUUAUUUCAACUUGAUAUGCAAAUUACAAAAGAGGUAGAAUAAAUUAUGCCCGUGAUUUCUGGCCAUGCUAAGAGUAAUAAUGAAUCUCGUACUUGUACUUGUAGUGAAAUCUCUUACAAUAUACAUAUAUACAGACUGGACACACCACCUAAAUGUUCCCCUAAGACUUAAUUGACCAUUUUUAGUUUAUAAUUGCAACAAAAUACAAUUUCUGCAUGACAUAUUUUAUAGAUGUUCAUCAGGCAGCCUCGUACGAAAAUGAAAAAUCUCAGAUUUAUUCCUGGUGGCUUUUUAAGCAAACUAUUUCGGAAAAAAAAUGGUAUGUGUACAAUCUGUGGAUAAGAUAUUCUUAAAAUCUUGUUUUUAUUGAUUUAUUUAGCUUUGCCUUGAAAAAAACUGUACACAAUACAAGUACAACAAUUCAUAUACAUGAGACAGAACAAGAGGCGGGGACACCACAACAGUUUAUUCACAACAGCAUAUGCCAAUUACUGUGGGCCCUUUUUACCUAACCCACCCUGUCAACUUUCCCUGUGGGAGGAAACCGGAGUACCCUGGGAAAACCCAUGACUUUCGGCAGAGCGUUGACUUUUGCUCUUUUCACAUGAGGACUGGGUUCAAGUCGCAUUGAGAAAGUUCUCACUGAGGCUUGAACCUGUGGCCUCUGAGGUGAAAGGCAAGUGCACUAACCACUUGGCCAAUGAAGCCCCUCAGUUUUUACCAAUGCCCUUGUUUUGAAUUUUGAUAACCCCUAGGGUGCAUUAGGGGUACAAUGCAACUUAAUGGCUUAACUUAAGACACUUGGAUAGAUAGCCUGAUUAACCCAUUGAGUGCAGUUCUCUUCUCUUGAUGAGUAAAUCAUCUGGCAUAAGACAGAGUAAAAUAACAAAGUAAGACGCAUCGGUUUAAUGGCUUAAAUUAAGGCGAGACUUUUUUUAUUCAUUGGUUUACGGAUCCGCCAACCGUAAAUAUUCAGAAAGUGAAAAAUAAAAAAAAAAUUUGGAUGUCAAAAAUUUUACAAUUUUAGUAAUUUUAAUUAAUUUGGGGUUCUGACAUGAAGUACACUUGAAGUGAACUUUGACUCUAGGUACUGCUGGCUCAUGUUAUCGUUGUGACAAUCAAUAUGUAGAUUAGCCACGUUUUUUGCGUUUUUUUUUUUAAAAUUGACGUUAAAAAUUUUUAUAAAGAUUAUUAAUUUCGGUUCUCAGUUAUACUCAGUUUUUUUUAAAAAUUUUUUUCCAACCUACCGACCUCUUAUUUUUAAAGUCAAAUCCGUAAACCAAUAAAUAACAAAAGUCUCGCCUAACUAGACACAUGAGCAGAUGUUCUGAUUAACCACUGAGCACCAGCAGCUAGCGCUCUCCCCUUGAUGGGUAAAAUCAUCUGGCCUUAGACAGAGUAAAUUAGCAGAUUAUGGUGCAAUGGAAUUCAACUUGAUGCGAAACAACUUUAACUCAACUGAAAUUGCCCUCAGGCCUAAAAAAAAAAUACCUGUGGUUCCGGUUUCAUAUCGUAAAAAAGUUAGGGUCGGUAAGUUGGAAAUAAAUUUUAUUUUGAAUAUUUUUUUUAUGGUUUUGGCAGUUUUUUGCUGGAUGAUUUGCAGUCGAGUCCCGACAUCAACAUUAACUAGAGAUGUGUAUUUCGGACUAUUUCCUAUGGACGAAUUUAGGCAAUUUGGUUCAAUAAUUAGUGUGACAACAUUUACUGAUGCCAUUUCGGCACGCUGUAUGAGCAGCCUGCAACCACCCAGAGAAAAUAGGGUUGCACGGUCAAUCACAUUGAAAAAAUAAUAGGGUCGGCAGAAAAAAAUAGGGUCGGUCAGGAACCGGAACCACAGGUAUUUUUUUAGGCCUCACGAAAAAUGCUUAUCCUGAAGAAAUUUCAGAUUAUUCUUAUAUGACAUCCUUUGGAGAAUGCAGUUCCUAUAAGAAUUCCCUGAGGUGGAAAAAGUAUUGGAACCAGGGAACCUAGUUCCCAGAUAUUCCUUGUGGUUCUACCGAUCUACAUUUUUGCAGAAAUUUUCAGAUUUUUUUUAUGUUUCAGUUUGAUUAAACUACACACUGAUUGAAUAUCUAAAUCACUAAAUACCUGAUUAUUGAAAUGAUUGAAUACCAGAAUAAUCUACUAACUUGAUACCUAAAUUACAGCGGAACAGUUCGGAACGGAAAUAUUCAUAUCACCUGCGAUAGGAAAUUUGCUUUUAAUCCUGUAAGACUGUAAAACUGUAACUGCUAUGAUUACUUCAGGAUUUACCUUGUAUGCCUUAUCUGCCAGUCUCAAAGACAUAUUGCUUCGUACGACAACACAUCUUUAAGAACUUGUAAGAACAUAAUCGAAUAAAUCAAUAUAAGGUAAAAAAGACAGCUCCUUAUAAUAUUAUAUUGUAAUCUUUUGCAGACAAUUUUGAGCCCUAUUUAACCCCUGAGGUUCCCAGAAAGAUAAAAACAUUUUCCACCUAGGAAUUCCUAUUUAAGAGUUAUCAUAGAAAUUCAAACUUAAUUAAAUCUUCCAGGAAAUUUGGAUUGCUAUAUAUUAAUUGUCUUUAUUCCUAUAUAGUAUUUUCCCAUUUUGUUUUCAUAGAGCCUUUUUUUUUAUUUUCAAACAUGGAUGAUAGAUCAGAUUCAGACAAACCCAAACCACCAGGUGAUAUUAAAAUUAGAUUUUUGUGUUCUAUUUAAUAGUACUUUAAAUGUCAUAAAUCAUAGAUCUAUGUGAAAAAUUCUUCAGGUUUUCCACUGCAUAAAGCCUAGCCUUAUGGAUCUAGCCUCAUUUGCUAGGGGGGGGGGGGUACAGGUUUUCCAUGGGGUGGUGCAUGAGGGAGCCUUACUGGAGUUAGUGCCCACUCUAAUCUGCAGCCUCGUCUGCAGUCUGCAACGACACACAACAUUACCAUUGUUUGAGAUCACCUUUCUUUUGCGUUUUACAUUUUCUUUUGUUUAUAAAGUUUAUACUGGCUUUUUAUCACAUAUGUGUGACUGGACAAUUGCUGUAGCACAGUACAGUAAAUUUGCUUGUUAACGUACAAUAUAAUUGAAUUCAAAUUGUUUCAAGAAAUCGACACACACGAACAGUAGAAGUUCUUAAUUGCUAUUUGAAAAGCAGAAAAUGUAUGGUCAAGCAGAUUGUUUUAAGGUGGCACUGGACUUCUCUAGGAGGGCACCUCCCUCACCCACAUACCUGUAGUAGAGUUACCUUCUGUAAUAUCAAAAAUGAAGAAGCCUGAUCCUGUUGGAAAAAAGUGAUUUUCUCUUCUUUCAGAGCUUCCCAAUUCCAGUUUCAAUGACCCUAAUGGAAUGAAUAUCUUUCUGUUGUUGAGUUUUAUUCUCGGAGGUUUAUAUCUUCUUGGAUCAAAUGGGGACCCUGUGCCGGAGAUUACUUGGAACACGUUUUAUCGUGAAAUGCUCACAACGGGAGAGGUAGGCGGUCAGUUUUUCAUUAACAAAACAGAAGGCCUGGCUUUGUUUUUGCCCGCCAUUUCUAAAAUAUGGCCUGCUUUUGGUCAUUGGCAGCCCGCUAUUUCGAGCCCUGCCAUGCAAGCAAAACUGUUUUCUUCUCUCAAAAUGCAAAAUUGUUUUAAACUCUCAAAAUGAUAAAUACUGCUUUGUUCAUUUUAUGGUGUUAAAUUUCGUCUAUGGCAGAUAGAAAAGUUGGAUAUUGGACAUACUGGUGACAUUGUGUAUGUGUAUUUACACAGAGGUGCUAUUGUGGCUGGCAAGGAGGUAAAUGUAUACUAUUAGAUUGGUACGAUGGAACAUGCUGUUCCUGUGAAAAAUAUGAGUUUGUUACAGGGUCUGAAAUCUGCUAAACCACCUUCUCUAAUAACCUUCCUCUCCACUAACCCCCUCUCUAAUAGCCCCCUCUCUAAUAGAACCCUUCUUUAAUAGCCCCUUCUCUAAUAGCCCCCUCUCUAAUAGCCCCCCUCUCUAAUGACCCCCUCUGUAAUAGCCCCUCUCUCUAAUGACUCCCUCUGUAAUAGCCCCUCUCUAAUAACCCUCUCUCUAGUAUCCUCUCUCUAUUAAUCCCCUCUCUAAUUGACCCCCUUUCCCUAAGUGACCCCAUCUCUAAUUGACCCCCUCUCUAAUUGAUCCCCUCUCUAAUUGAUUCCCUCUCUAAUUGACCUCCUCUCCAAUUGCCCCCCUCUCUAAUUGCCCCCCUCUCUAAUUGCCUCCCUCUCUAAUUGACCCCCUCUCUAAUAGCCCCCUCUCUCUAAUAAUGUCCUCUCUCUAAUAAUGUCCUCUCUCUAAUAAUGUCCUCUUCAAUAACCCCUUCUCUAAUAACCCCUCUCUGAUAACCCCCUCUCUAAUAACUCCAUCUACAUACGACAUAGGUGCGGUCAUUUGGUCCUCACUACCGGCUGCAAGUAUUGAACGCGGAAAGUUUCGAAGAGAAAUUGAUUAAUGUGUACAAAGAGCUGGGGAUAUCACCGGAUGAUUACUUACCUGUCAACUACAAAGUGGAAAAUGAACUCCUGUAUGUAUGCAGAAGGAAUGCCAUCAUGGCUAAUAAAUUUAGUUUGACACGGCGUCGAUUCGAAGCCUGAACCUAUAUCAUGUGUCGAUAUUUCCCGAGAAAGAUCUAUCCUAAAAGUUUACACUCUCAAAGUUUCUGUGAUCACAGUAGGAUUUUUGCAUAUGUAAAUUCUAAGUUUUGAAGGAUUUGCAAGAUAUGUUUGAGCGAACUGGCUCAUUGUUAAAUACUACAAGUUGUAACAAUAUUGUUAUUUUACCAAGUUGCCACAAGUUUGUCACUCACAAAUUGUUGAAUUGCAGGACGAUAACAAGUCGUUGGAACAACUUGUAACAAGUCUGUUAAUUGAGCUCAACAUUCUUCUAGCAUGCUUGGAAUAAGCAGUGCGAACACAUCCUGAUGACAAGUUGUUACUGUAGAACAGCAUUGUUACAGGUCUGUUGCAGGUUUGUUACGACUUGUGUAAUUUGAUGUUGUUUUGUUACAGAGCAGCAUUUAUCAGCGCAGCCAUCAGCCUUAUUAUAUUUGGUGCUCUCUGGUAUGUUUUCUUUUACCGCGGAAAAUCCGGAGGAUCAUCCAAGAAUACCAAUCUCUUUGGUGAUAACAAUCCUUUUGUAAGUGAAGAACACAUUAGAUUUUCCAGUGGUUCUGUUGGCUUGGGUUUAUCAUAGAAGUAAUAUAGAUAUAGAACCAGUGAACUGUUUAAAUACUGGAACGAUAACUCCAGUUUACGCAUUCUCUAUAUAUCUAUUAAUAUUUCUAUCGGGUUUCUGCAUGUUUUUCUAUAUUACGCAUAUAUUUCCGACGAAAAGCGUUCAAAACUAUUGGAUGUGUUUGGCGUACCAUCCAAAGCUUUUAGCUUUCUAGUUUAUUUUCGUCUUUCUAAAUGCAUAGAAAACACAAGAAUAGUAAAAAUAUAGUAAAUCAAAACAAAUCCUGAUUGCGCUCACUAGUUUUAUAGAGCGCUCGUUAAACCCAAAAAUUCCUAUUAAUAAUAAUUUUUGGUGGUUUUUUUUCCAGAAAGAUCGUGUAAAGGCGAAGGCGACAAUCGUCGAAGCAGGUGGCAAUAAUGACAUAAGGUAGAAAUGUCGCAUUCAAGACUUGAAUGCGUGGUCAUCAGUUAUUUCCAUACAAUGCGCCGUAGAGGCUGUUUUAAGACCGCCCUCCUCACAAUCUUCGACAGGGGACGGCGAUUUCCAGACGAUAAUUCUGACGAAAAUGUUCGCAAAUUUGCUCAAAAUUUUGUCCGAGUGAUCUUAAACAAUAUUUUUAGUCGUUGACAAACUAAUAUGUUUGCUUUUUGUUUUUAAAUUUUUGAAAACGUCAUUACCAGUUGAUCUACGUAAUUUUGUGUGCUUUUUGUCGCGAAAUCUCCAUUGCUAACACAAGGUCUGAUCAGACCGACCCUUUAUAGUUAAAACCGACAUUAAUAAAGCUAAGGUGUCCUAUACUGGUGCAAGUCUUUUCAAUUCCUUACACCUAGUGAUCUAAAAACUAUUGAAAAAUUAUACGGUUUCAUCUUUUACAAUAAAACUUAAAGAAUUCUUUCUCCAACCGAACCACAAAGUACAACAUGUGAAUGAAUUUUACUGCGCUAUAUGCAUGCAAACAUGUUGUGCUUUGUCAAUGCUUUGGUAACAGGUCAUAGAACAUGUUAUACAGUCGUAUAUAAUUAUAUAUAGUAUCUUUAUCAGGGACAUACCGGGAACAAUACCUUAGUGGUAACUAUUAGAGGUGGGCAUCGGAUUGGAUUGCCUGGACGUUUAUAUAAUCCGACAAUUGCCUAAUGUUUAAAAUCCGAUCCGAUCCGAAAUUGUCUAAUCCGAAUCCGAUGCGAGUUUUGAUAAAGAAUUCCAAUCCGAUCCGAUCCGAAGAAUUCUUUAAUAAAAUAAAUUUCUCAUUCAAGUUGAAAUAUUUAACCAAAUAAAUAUAAAAGCAAGAAAUACAUGUCAAGAAACUGAUAAAGUGAUUAUAAUGCAGCGACAACCGCGAUGAUGCUUUGAUAAAUACAUAUAGAUAAUUAAUUCUUGCGUUAGUGCGUGGAUAAUUAAUUCAUUUUAUUUCGAAUAUCGAAGUCCAAUCCGACUACGAAACAACAUUAUCAAUCCGAUCCGAAGUGAAUAUUUUGGUUCCGAAAACCGAUCGGAUCGGAUUUGCACACCUCUAUAGUAACUAUGUAAAUAUUGUUAUUUUUCCCCUCUUUAAAUAAAGUAUUAAGUAUGACUAACUAAAAAUUAUUUUACCUUUUACUAUUGUUUAUUAUAUAAAGUAUAGUGCUUAAUAGAGAUUUCGAGCACUGAUAAAAGUGAUAAUCUCACAUGUGAGAUUAUUUAUGAUAAUCUCACAUGUGAAAAUUAUCGCUUUUCAAUUUUCGCUUUUCUGUAAAUAUUAUCGCUUUUCAAAGACUGUUUAACCUGUUCAACACUCGAAAUAAAUCUGGUAUUUCCACGCACCCAUGUAUUAUUCUCUAUAUAGUUACUGAGUUUUUUAGUCAAUUUUUUUGCAGUGAAUUUACUUUUGUCUGUUUUGAUAAGGUUGAAAGAUGUUGGGGGCAUGGGUGAAGCCAAGGAGGAGGUUCUUGAAUUUGUCGAUUACUUGAAAUCGCCGAACAGAUAUAAAGAAUUGGGCGCAAAAAUACCGAAGGUAAACGUCAUUUAAAGCGAUAGGAUUUGCGUGACUUUGAUUGUGACAUGCUCAAUGAUUUCUAUAACGAUUGACAAAUUUAAAUGAUUUAAAGAUGUUGGCGGCGAAACCACGAUUGUUCAUAUUUUUUGAGUUUUCCGAUCUAAAAUAUUUAUUAAUUUCACAAGCUGUCAACUACCAGUCUUCAAUGCAUGCGUGCUUAACGAUGAGAUAAAUUACAAACUCUUGGGUAUUAAUAGAUUUAUAGAAUUAUUUAAAGUUUAUGUUUGCGAUGUUACUCUGAGUGCAUAUCCACACCGGGCGAGCUUGAAAAAUAUGCCCGGCCACGGUGGGAUUCGAUUGGAAGAGCAUUGGGCUAGUAUUCCAAAGGUCGUAGGUUCGAAUCCCACCGUGGCCGGGCAUAUUUUUCAAGCUCGCCCGGUGUGGAUAUGCACUCAGAGUAACAUCGCAAACAUAUUAUUCACCUGAGUACACAACACCAACACAGAAAAAAAAAAAUUUAUUUAAAGUUUCUUCAAUAAAAACCGGUAUUGUUCUUGCAAACGUUUAGAAUUAUUGUCCGCAUUUUUUGUAAUUGCCGUGUGCGAAGAAUUUAAUAUGGAUUGCCAUCGAUGGUCGCCUUGUGAUUUUAAUUUCCAUUUCCAAAGUCUAUUCGAUGAUUUUUCUUCCCAUUUCCAAUGUUUGGUCCACUUUUACGUGAUUUAAAUGAAACAAACACAGUUGUUUUUUCCCCCCGUUGUUCUUAGGGAGCACUCUUGGUUGGCCCUCCUGGGACUGGCAAGACGCUACUGGCAAAAGCAAUUGCUACAGAAGCAAUGGUACCAUUUCUUUCCAUGGCCGGUCCUGAAUUUGUUGAAAUGUUUUCUGGUAAGAAUUAUUUGGUGACACGAGUAGCAUAUGCUCACGUUAGGGAGAACAGUUUAAAACUGAUAGAAUUAUCAAGCAUAAAUACAGUUAGUUUAGUUUAGGUUUCCUCCUGUAUACUAACACUGGAUCAGUAACAGAUGGACCUUACUGGACCUCUAUGGAAAAUAGUUCAAAACCGAUAGAACUAUCCGGUAUAAAUAAAGUUAGUUUAGUUUAGGUUUCCUGCUGUUGCAACACUGAAUGAAUAAGAGAUGUUCCUUACUGGAUCUCUGGGUUAGUUUAUAUAGUUUAGGUUUCCUAGCUGCUGUUGCAACACUGGAUCAAUAAGAGAUGAUCCUUACUGGACCGCGGGAAGAACAGUUCAAAACUGAUAGAACUAUCCAGUAUAAAUAAAGUUAGUUUAGCUUAGGUUUCCUGCUGUUGCAACACUGGAUCAAUAAGAGAUGAUCCCUUACUGGACCUCUGGGAAGAACACUUUAGAACUGAUAGAGCUAUCCAGUAUAAAUAAAGUAAGUUUAGUUUAGGUUUCCUCCUGUAGUAACACUGGAUCAAUAGAGAUGAUCCUUACUGGACUUCUAGGAAAAACAGUUUAGUACUGAUAGAGCUAUCCAGUAUAAAUAAAGUUAGUUUAGUUUAGGUUUCCUUCUGUAGUAACACUGGAUCAAUAAGAGAUGAUCCUUACUGGACCUCCAGGAAAAACAGUUUAGAACUGAUAGAGCUAUCCAGCAUAAACAAAGUUAGUUUAGUUUAGGUUUCCUCCUGUACUAACACUGGAUCAAUAACAAAUGGACCUUACUGGGACCUAUAUAGGAAGAACAGUUUAGAACUGAUAGAGCUAUCCAGUAUAAAUAAAGUUAGUUUAGUUUAAGUUUCCUCCUGUAGCAACACUGGAUCAAUAAGAGAUGAUCCUUACUGGACCUCUAGUAAGAACAGUUUAGAACUGAUAGAGCUAUCCAGCAUAAAUAAAGUUAGUUUAGUUUAGGUUUCCUCCUGUACUAACACUGGAUCAAUAACAAAUGGACCUUACUGGGACCUAUAUAGGAAGAACAGUUUAGAACUGAUAGAGCUAUCCAGUAUAAUUAAAUUUAGUUUAUUUUAGGUUUCCUCCUGUAGUAACACUGGAUCAAUAAGAGAUGAUCCUUACUGGACCUCUAGUAAGAACAGUUUAGAACUGAUAGAGCUAUCCAGCAUAAAUAAAGUUAGUUUAGUUUAGGUUCCCUCCUGUACUAACACUGGAUCAAUAACAAAUGUACUUUACUGGACCUCUAGGAAGAACAGUUCAGAACUGAUAGAGCUAUCGAGUAUAAAUGAAGUUAGUUUAGUUUAGGUUUCCUCCUUUCGACUUCGCUAACGCUUUCCUUUCCCCGGGUGUAAAUAGCCGGGCGGAAUCAAUACCUUGAAUUGUUGCAUGUUAAACUGAUGCCCCAUUUUUACCGCCUUAUUCCCCAGGCGUAGGAUCAGCUCGUGUGCGUGACCUGUUUGAUCAAGCCAAGAAACGAGCUCCAUGUAUUGUGUAUAUUGAUGAAUUAGAUUCCAUUGGACGAUCUAGAAAAACAACGUAAGUCCUAACUGUAACUACAAUUAAGAAAUAAUCAAAUGAUUAGGCGAGGAAGAAAGC